CAAAUUUGGGGGAAAAAAAAAAGAUAAUAUAAAAAGCGGCGGAGCACUUCCGUUUGCCCUAAAGCCCUAGCGCCGCGAGCGUUCUACCAAAAAUUACCGAAGCACCGCCACUUGCUCCUAUCUUCAAUCCAGAAGCUCCCUCGAACAAGAUUCGGAGCCAAUUGCUUUGCGCUUUCAGGGAUUUUGAUUCUCAAUACUUAUAUCAGUUUCUGCGGAUACUUGGAUCUGUAAGCCAGUGAAGAAACAACCAUGGCAUCGAAAUUUUGGACUCAGGGUGGUGAAAGUGAAUCUGAGGAAGAGGAGAACUCAGAAGUAGAGCUGAGUGAGGAUGAAGUCCAAGUCGAGGAAACCGAUAAAGCUGUUAAGAACAAGUAUUAUCAAACUAGUGACGACGAGGAUACUGAUGAUGAUGUUAAGCGUGUUGUGAAACCUGUAAAGGAAAAGCGCUUUGAAGAGAUGACCAACACCAUUGAUCAGAUGAAAAAUGCUAUGAAAAUCAAUGACUGGGUUAGUCUACAAGAGAGCUUUGACAAGAUUAACAAGCAGCUGGAGAAAGUGAUGCGGGUUACCGAGGCUGCUAAAGUGCCGUCUGAGUACAUUAAAGCUCUUGUGAUGUUAGAGGAUUUUUUGAACGAGUCCUUGGCUAAUAAGGAGGCGAAAAAGAAGAUGAGUACGAGCAAUGCUAAGGCACUGAAUUCAAUGAAACAGAAGCUUAAGAAGAACAACAAGCAGUAUGAGGAGUUGAUUAUCAGAUAUAGGGAGAAUCCUGAAGUUAGUGAUGAAGAAAAGGAUGAAAUUGUUGAUAGUGAUGAAGAAUCCGUGACAGACGUUGAAGACCCCACAGAACUUGAAUCAGAUAGGGAUGAAGAUGAUGACAAAAAAGACGACCAGGAUAUCGAGAAGUGGAAUAUUGUGAGGAAAGAUAAGUUUGAUAAGCAAUUCAGCAAUCCUAAUCAAGUCACCUGGGAUACAGUCAAUAAGAAAUUCAAGGAAAUUGUAGCUGUGAGAGGAAGAAAGGGUACGGGAAGGAUUGAGUUGGUUGAGCAGCUCACUUUCUUGACCAGAGUUGCUAAGACUCCAGCACAGAAGCUUGAGAUUCUCUUUAGUGUUGUGUCAGCCCAAUUUGACGUUAAUCCAAGUUUGAAUACGCAUAUGCCUAUUAAUGUUUGGAAAAAAUGCGUCCAGAAUAUGCUGAUUAUCCUUGAUAUCUUGAGUCAGUACCCAAACAUUGUGGUCGAUGACACAAUAGAACCAGAUGAAAAUGAGACGCAAAAGGGCGCGGAUUAUGAUGGUACUAUUCGGAUUUGGGGAAAUCUAGUUGCUUUCCUAGAGAGAAUAGAUGUGGAAUUUUUCAAGAGCUUGCAGGUUAUUGAUCCCCACACCCGUGAAUAUAUCGAGAGGCUCCGUGAUGAGCCUUUGUUAGCGGUUCUUUCUCAAAACAUCCAGGAGUACCUGGAAAAGGCUGGUGAUAGCAAGGGUGCUGCUAAGGUCGCCCUUAAGCGGGUUGAACUUAUCUACUACAAACCGCAGGAGGUAUAUGAUGCUAUGAGGAAAUUGGCUGAACUAAGUGAAAGUUCUGAUGGUGAGAUGGAAUCCGGUGAGCAACCAAAAAUAGAGGAGAAAAGACCUCCUGUUGUGGCAACUCCAGAGCUUGUGCCUCGAAAGCCCACCUUUCCAGAGAGCAGUAGGACUUUGAUGGACAUCCUUGUUUCAGUCAUAUACAAGUCUGGUGAUGAGCGUACAAAGGCCCGUGCAAUGCUUUGUGACAUCUACCACCAUGCUCUGCGCGAUGAAUUCGCAACAUCCCGUGAUUUGUUGUUGAUGAGUCACUUGCAGGAUAAUGUGCAGCAUAUGGAUAUUUCAACUCAAAUACUAUUUAACAGAGCAAUGGCACAGCUUGGUUUAUGUGCAUUUAGAGUUGGGCUCAUUGCUGAAGCACAUAGUUGUCUUUCUGAGCUAUAUUCUGCUGGCAGAGUGAAGGAGUUGCUUGCCCAAGGUGUUUCCCAAAGUAGAUUUCAUGAAAAGACACCGGAACAGGAACGGAUGGAAAGGAGGCGCCAGAUGCCUUAUCAUAUGCACAUAAACCUGGAGCUUCUCGAGGCAGUUCAUCUUAUUUGUGCCAUGCUGCUUGAGGUUCCUAACAUGGCAGCCAAUAGUCAUGAUGCAAAGCGCAAGGUUAUAAGCAAAACAUUCAGAAGGUUGCUUGAAGUUAGUGAGAGGCAAACAUUUACUGGCCCCCCUGAGAAUGUAAGAGAUCAUGUAAUGGCUGCAACCAGGGCACUUAGGCAGGGAGACUUUGAGAAGGCCUUCAACGUUAUUACCUCACUUGAUGUUUGGAGGCUGCUUCGUGACAAGGACGGUGUACUGGGAAUGUUGAAGGGCAAAAUUAAGGAGGAAGCACUUCGGACAUAUUUGUUUACGUAUUCAUCUUCCUAUGAUUCUCUCAGCCUGGAUCAGCUUGCAAAAAUGUUUGAUCUCUCUGACACUCAAACUCAUAGUAUUGUCAGUAGGAUGAUGAUCACCGAGGAACUUCAUGCAAGUUGGGACCAGCCAACCCGAUGCAUGGUUUUUCAUGAUGUCGAGCACAGUCGUUUGCAGGCUUUGGCUUUUCACUUGGCGGAGAAGCUGUCUGUUCUUGCUGAAAGCAAUGAGAGAGCCAUGGAGUCCAGAGUUGGUGGUGGGGGAUUGGAUAAUGUGCCCAUGAGGCGUAGGGAUGGCCAGGAUUAUGCUUCUGCAGCUGCAUCUGGUGGCGGCGGAAGAUGGCCAGAUUUGUCCAACACACAAGGCAGGCAUGGAAGCAGUGGUGGACGGACGGGUUACAGUACUGGGGGUAGAAACUUCUCCUCAGGCCAAGGUGGCUAUUCUAGGGACAGAGGGUCUCAAUCCCGCGGAAUGGGGAGGAGUUACCAAGGUGGUUCUGCUGCCAGGGGAAACCAGAUGGAUGGUUCCACUCGUAUGGUUAGUCUGAACAGGGGUGUUCGUGGAUAGAGUUUCAAAGCUUAAGCGCAUUUUGUACUGCAAAAUUCGUUUGCCUCCACUGUCUGAAGCUCAUCUUUAAUUUUUUUUUUUGAUUAUCCUAUUAUUCGGAGCCACUGCUUUUGUCGUUUCUUUCUAUGUUAAGACUUUUGAAAGGGUACUGUCUUCUCUUCUUAAUUACGAAGAAUUUCCAUAUGUUAGCUACAGUAACAUUUAUUUCAUACAUUUUCUUGCCUUUCUAUUCUCAGCUGAUGAAGAUUAAUACUCCUUCCGUCCCAUAAUUAUUGUCCACUUUGUCCAAAAAAUUGU